AUGGUUCAAAUCGCUCCCGGUACCACCUUCUUUGACACCAUCCCGAAGUCCUUCGCGGACGUCCCUAUCGAUGCGGCCAAUGGGGAUGCUAUUGCUACUGCCGAGUUCCUAGAAGCUGCUUCGUCCUUGGUGACUCUGUUCGAUGUCCUCGGAUCUGCGGCUUUCACUCCCGUCAAGAACGACUUGUUGGGCAACAUCAAGAAAGUACAAGACCGCUUGAACCAGGCUCCUGAUGAGUCUCGCACUCUUCAGGACCUUGUUCGGAACGAACUAAAGACUAAGAAGCACACCGCUACCGAAGGUCUGCUCUGGCUUGUCCGUGGUCUGGAUUUCACCGCACAGGCUCUCCGCCACAACAUCAAUAACGCCGCCUCCGAGCUCUCUGUUUCCUUCAGGGAAGCAUAUGGCGGUACCCUCAAGCCUCACCACUCUUUCCUCGUCAAGCCUAUCUUUUCCGCCGCCAUGUCUGCCACCCCAUACCGUGCCGAUUUCUACAAGAAGCUUGGUGAUGACCAGGCCAAGGUGAAUGCUCAGAUGGACAAGGAGAUUGCCGCUCUGGAGAAGAAUGUGGCUAUCCUUAAGACCUUCCUGGAUAGCAAGGAGGCCAAAUGGUAA